AUGGUCCAUGGUAUCAGGGGACCUAUCAGAAAACAGACGAACACACAAAGCCACACACCCGGAUGUAACAGUUCACUUCAAAAACCGGAAUACUCACCAGAAACCGGAAGUGUGUGUGAGGAACAUCCGGUGUUCGAUCAUAUUGGUUGCAGUACAUGGAAAUGGCUGAUUGGACCACUUGCUGUUUACGUGUGCGACUGUUUAUACCGGUUUAUCCGACGAUCUCGAAAGAUGACCGUCAUGCACGCGCGUCUGAUAGCAGACGACAUCGUCGUCCUUGACAUACGGACAGACAGCUCUCAUUUUGUAUCCUCUCCGGGACAGUAUGUAUAUCUAUCGAUUCCGGAAAUUUCAACCCUGGAAUGGCAUCCGUUUUCAGUUUGUAUGAAUGAAAAAGAAGAUGGAUUAUUCCGAGUUUACGUUAAGACUUCAGGGGACUGGACAGGUCAGCUUAAAAGUCACGUGAUGAAAGAAACAAAUAUCUCUCCGGACACGAUCAGCUCAAAAAGUCCUCAAAUAGAUGUGUACGUGGAUGGACCGUUUGCCAGCCCUUCGGAAAACAUCGGCAAUUAUCCAGUAUCGCUAUGUAUAGCAGGUGGUAUAGGUGUUACUCCGUUUAUUAGCUGGAUACAAUAUCUAAGAAACAAAAAACAUUCCUAUUUGAGAUGCCGGAGACUGUACCUGGUAUGGGUUGUACGAGAUACCACGAGUAUAUCUCUGUUCGAAGAAGAAUUCGUCCGCCUUCACAAUCACUGUUAUGAGGAAAAUGUUCCAGAUUUUUUGGAGAUAUCAUUUUAUGUGACGUCUCCAUGGAGACAGGUACAAGCCGGCGACGGAUUCGCCGUUAGUAGGACAAUAUUUGGCAGACCCGUCUGGCACCAAACACUGGAUAGCUACAUGAAACGGCAUUCAAGGUCAAAAAUUGGAGUAUUUGUUUGCGGACCUCGGGGGAUGAUAUCGGAUAUACGGCGAGCAGCAAGACAUAUUUCAAGUAAUACCAACAAAUUGUAUAUGUAUCACGAGAGUUUUUGACUCUUCAACAUAAGAUAGGAGAGAGCAACCGAUAUCAUUAAUUGUUUUCUGAAUAAAAAAAAUGAAAGAUA